AUGAAACCAUCAUCAUCAAAACCUACCAUUACUCCGAACCGACGUAGCAAAGCAGUGAUUGCUGAAGAUAACGCCAAGAUGUUGAAGGAUCAAAAUCUUCCACCUAACACACCAAUUACGACUGCAAUGAUCCGCAAGUCUAAAGCAAUGUCAAAUGCUUUGGCACCCACAACUUCAACAAGCAAAGCUCCUUCAAAACCUCGCCAGCUACCAUUACCAGCACCUUCUGUACCGACCCAACCACGAGUGACCUACUCAGCGCUUAUGGCUAAAAACAAAGGAGAUGAAGAAUCACAAAAGAAAGAAAAAGAAGAAGCAGAAAACAAUUCUAGAAAUCCUUGCUUUGACAAUAUUGACUUGGGUUUCCUUAUUAAUCAUCUCAGCCAGCCAGCAAAUCAUGCAAAGUUGUUGGCUUCUGGACCAAAGACAACUGUUGGCGGUCUUAGUUGUGGUGCUGAAUGGAACAUACUAGCGGCUUUAAUCAACAAUAUGCACAACAAUCGUCUUGGACUCACCAAUACCUCUAGUCCCAACAAGCUGAAUCUCAAUGGUGUUCAAACCAAAAAGGCUCAACAAGCAGCUCUAAGCCUGGCUAAGCGACCAGCAAAGCCUUUACCAGCUCUGAAUGCAACUGACGCCAAAAGAAAGAAACCAAUUGAAAACUCACUUGAGCAAUUCUAUGACGAACAAAUCAAAGCCUCUACUAGUAAGCAAGACGAACGAGGUCAAGUUGCAGCCAAAUCAGCAGCAGACACAUUGGAUUUUAAGCAGAAAAAGUGGGACCUUCAAAUUGAACGUGAAGAUAAGAGGAUUGCAUCAGAGUCAACACGACUUCUCCAAAUUGCUCAACUUAAUAAUGAAAAUGACAAAAAGAAAGCACGUCGAGAAGCAAUUGAGCAUUGUCGCAAGGAAAACAUGCCUAUGGAAGAAAUGAAGGAUUAUAUUGCUUUUCUCUUUCCAACUUCUGACAAAGCUUAA